AUGAAAAAUUCACAGAGAUGUUUAAACUAUCAGAACGAAGUUUAUAAUAAAUUAGAAAUAACUUCGUCAUAAGUUUUAAAAGGGAAAAUACAUGAGAAGGAUGAAUAGGUCAAUUAUUUCGAAAUACAUUUAGAUAAAUGAUUAGUAAAGUUCUUGUACAUAAUCGUUUAAGAUUUAAGAGAUAAAUCUGUAAUUACUAAUCGACAAAUCAUAAGAGAUCAUGUAAUAAUAGGAGCAAUUAUAAUUGUAAUCUCCAGCAAGUAGAAAAAGAUCAAGUUCGUUUGAAGACUUAUAAUAGAAAUUAAAUGAUUAUAUUGAGCAAUAUAUUUAAGACAUUAAAGAGCCGUAACAUUUUUUAGAUACUUAUUCGUUAUAAAAUUCUGAAAUUUGCGAUGAUGAAUUUUCAUAACAAUCUAUCGAUUUAUGCUAAAGAAUAUAUUAAGUAGAUAUAUAUUAAUUCAUUUUUAGAGAAUAAUAGCUCAAUUAAAUCUAUCAGUUAUAUAAUCUAAUUCGAUUGAUUAGUCAACUACCGUUUCCUCCCCAAAAAAUAAUGAUUCAAUUUAGAUAAUGAAUUACAUGACUACCUCUACUCCUCUAACUCCUGUAUAAUUGGAAGAUAUACCUAAAAAAAAUAUUUCAAAUUCAGCAAGUUAAGAUUAACUAGGAUUAAAAAAUAGUUCGUAUUCUAUGAAGUCUUGA